GCAGUGACUUUGUGACAGUGUCGAGUUGAGUGGGUUUGUCAGAAACGUUAGAGCAGUCUGGGUUUUGUUAGGAGAGCGGCGCCUCUCAUCUUGCACGACAAUAAAGAUACGUUGAUAACAAAGCGUAACAUCGGCUUUUCAUCUCGCUUCAUGUGGGUCCGAGAACUGUCACACUUCCCCUUCAAAGUGCAGUAUCGAAAUUAAGUGUAACGAUAAUGCUAAAUAUCCGACGUUAAUGCUAGCUUUAAGCUAACUAGCCCCAAUCUGGGCGGUUUUGGGUUAAAAAAGUGAAAGUCUUCUAUGUGUUGUUAGCUCAUGCAUGUCAGCAAACACUAGCAUUUAGAUGGUAUAGCUUGUGCAGGGUAAUAUGGUUGUUCUUCGGGCUGAGUAGCCCUAACUGCACUGAAAUAUCUAAUGGCUGCACCUUGAGCUAAUGUAGCCAAGUUAGCUUGUCAUGUGUGUGCAGGUUAGUACCUAUGGAGUACUGCUAGCUAGCUAAGUAGCCUAAGUUGGCCAGGCCUGCACAGUGUUACUGCUGUUCGGCGUACAAUGUUGCCUUUUUGUUUUAACCCCUUCUUUGCUUCGUGCACACUACAACGUCCAGUCCAAGUUUUGUAGCUGAAAAGAUUGUCUUCUGCAAGAUGUAGCACUAUCAAAUCAGAAAGUGGCUGCUGCACCAUGUCUCGUCACAUUCCCCAAAAUUGUGUAGUGUUGGUUUCGCGCUGUGUAACCUCCUUUGCCAGAAAUAGUAGGCUUGUUUGACCCAAUCCUUCCGUUUGUAUUUCAGUCAUGUUUCAGUAUUGUAGCACAGCCUGAGUCAGAUUUUAAACAAAAGGGUCAUGUUGAAUAUUUCCAUGUUAUCUUUCCCUGUUCAGAAUAGAGAUAUCACAGCAGUAAACAUCAGUGGACUCUGUCUCCUGUCAGGGCUUGAUAGUGUGUGUCUCUCUGUGGUGAUGAGAAUAAAGAAACAUAGACUGGGAGAGCUUGAGAUGGCUGAGAGAUAAUAACUCUCUCGUUCCCUUAUGAUACCUCAGACCAAAAACACUAGGUACUGCUCUAUGACCCGAUUAUGGACUUGAGGGCCAAAUACCUACAGAGGCAUGGAGCACCCCUGCAGUGCACCACACAGUGAGCUGGUUAAGGUCUUAUGAGUUUGGACAGAGUGAGGAAUGUGAACCCUCACACGGUCCGCUACAAGCUGCAAAAGGGGAAAGCUCAUUAAAGUCUAGACUUGAGAGGGAGCGUGGAUUUGAGGAGCAGUGCUGCAUAAUAAGAGGUAAACGUGACACAUUUUGACUGCCUCAGACGUCUCAUCUGCUUUACUGUCACAGUUCAGCCAAGCACUUGCAAACACACGCACCAUUUUAGGGCUGUUGGUUUAAGUGUUGUGUAGUGCCUCCGCUCUAACGCUCCCAUCCUGUGUCAUUCAAAUCUUAAGCCACAGUAGCAUCUAUCCGGUAUAUAACUGGCUUUGUGGCUUACCCUAUAUGAAAUUAGUUUUGGUUUCUCGUCAUGUCUCUGAAGCACAAUCAAGAAAGGCUUUAAAUUGGUAAUGCACUGUAAAUGGCUCUUCAAGCAAGACGCAGAAGUCCUUAUAGCAGUUCCAUGUCUGGCAUUCAGCUCGUCUUUACCUGCCCUGCCAUUUGAAGACACAGGCACCCCGCAGAGCAGCAGUCUUCAGAGAAUCUGAAUCUGGAACCUGCCUACACCUCACAUAAAAACUGGAGAGGAAUUUAGCUUCAAAUGUUCAGCAUCAAAGACACUGAGCCUUUAAUUUUUGCAGUGUGAUUUUUAAGCAUAUGAAACAGAACUUGGAACAGAUUGUAUGUCUUUCCAACUGCUUUUCCUAUCUUGGACAGCAUGGAUGCUCUCUUUGAAUCAGGUUGACUGUCUCUCACCUCAUCCCCUCCUUCCUGUCUCCUCAGAAGAAGGAAGGCAGGGGAUUGGUGGCGUCCCCUGCCUCUCCUAAUCGAAUACGCUAAUCUAACAAGGCACCAUUGCAGUAACUCUCUUUCAUUUCCUUGUGGCCCUACCAACUCCAUCCCUCCAUUCCCUUUCCCUCUUCAUGAAAUCCUGCCAGAGCCUCAAGGAAGAGGUUUCCGUCCCUAGCCUUGGCGGGAUGUCACAGGAGGAGGGACGCAGGGCGCCAGUGUCCCAGUCCUAUUUUCACUCCCCUAACCCAGAUCUGGACCUGACAGGCAAGCUUUACAAAAGGGAGGUUGGUGGCAAGCCUUAUUCUGUGUUAGUGGACAAUAAAAUGGCAGCCAAGACAUCCGUGGGGGAUCAGAACAUUGGUCAGUUGCCUACACAACAUGUGACUCCGCAGCAGCAUCAGCAGUAUUUCAGAGAGGGAGGAGCAGGACAGGAGGUGGGGACGCAGGGGUCCCAGGUGGGCAACAACGGCACCUCUGAUGACACUGAAGACGAUGAAGACGAUGAGGAAGAAGAGGGUGAGGAUGAGGAUGGUGAAGAGGAAGGUUACAAGCGUGAGCAGAUCAUUGUUGAGGUUAACCUGAACAACCAGACUCUUCAUGUAUCCAAGGGUGACAACAAAACUGGAACUGCAGCAGAUGACUCAGAGAGAGCAGGCAGUGACGACGAUGACGACGACGACGACGAUGAGGAGGAGGAGGAAGAGGAAGAAGAGGAGGAGGAGGACAGCCCCGAUGAAGAAGAGGAGGAAGAUGAUGAGGAAGAUGAGAUUGAAAGCCGAAGAACGAGGUCAAAGAGGGCCCGUCGGGGCGCCAGCAGCACAGCAGCUCCCAGCCAGCCGCGGAGGAAAAGCCUCAGAACGGCUCUGAGCACUGCCACUGCUGGAAUGACCACCAGGGGGCGACGGAAGCGCAUGGAGCCUCCAAAGAGCAUGCGCAGAUCAGCCAGGUCAGCCCCAUCGUCUGCCGGUUCCACAACCACCACGGCAGGAGGAAAAGCGGAGGUGGAGGAGAAGGAGAUGCUGGCGUGUGAAAAGUGCCCUCGAGUGUUCAACACACGCUGGUACCUGGAGAAGCAUAUGAAUGUCACACACCGGCGAAUGCAGAUUUGUGACAAGUGUGGCAAAAAGUUUGUCCUGGAAAGUGAGCUGGCCUUACACCAGCAGACUGACUGUGAGAAGAACAUCCAGUGUGUCUCCUGCAACAAGUCUUUUAAAAAGCUGUGGUCACUGCAUGAGCACAUCAAGAUUGUGCACGGCUAUGCAGAAAAGAAGUUCUCAUGUGAGAUCUGUGAGAAGAAGUUCUACACUAUGGCUCACGUCCGUAAGCACAUGGUUGCUCACACUAAGGACAUGCCAUUCACCUGUGAGACAUGUGGGAAGUCGUUUAAACGCAGCAUGUCUUUAAAAGUUCACUCACUCCAACAUUCUGGAGAGAAACCCUUUCGUUGUGAGAACUGUGAUGAGCGGUUUCAGUACAAGUACCAGCUGCGCUCCCACAUGAGCAUUCACAUCGGACAUAAGCAGUUCAUGUGCCAGUGGUGUGGCAAAGACUUCAACAUGAAACAGUAUUUUGAUGAGCACAUGAAGACACACACAGGAGAGAAGCCUUUCAUUUGUGAGAUCUGUGGAAAGAGCUUCACCAGCCGGCCCAACAUGAAGCGCCACCGCCGCACCCACACAGGAGAGAAGCCCUAUCCCUGCGAGGUGUGUGGCCAACGCUUCCGCUUCUCCAACAUGCUCAAAGCACACAAAGAGAAGUGUUUCCGGGUCACCAGCCCCGUCGUUCUGCAGACCAGCGGCCCACCUGUGCCUGUCCGCAUCUUUGCCAACACCUUCUCCUCCCCUUCUUCCACCUCUGGCCCUGGCCCCUCAGCUUCCACCCCAGCCACCACCUCAGCUUCCCUGGGCCUCAGCCCGACAGGAGGGCCCAUGCCUCCACGAGGCCCGGUGGGACACACAUUCUCUCAUGUGCAGCUCCACUCAACCCCUUCUCACCAUCAUCCCCACCCAUCAACAACCCAGCAACACCUCUCAAACACACCCCAACACGCCCCACCUCACCCCCACCAUCACCUGGCUGUGCCGCCAGUCUCCCACCUGCCCCCACCCCCUGCCCUUUUUAAGAGUGAGCCCCUUAACCACUGCGGGCAUGAAGACAGCAGCUACCUGCACCACAUUGCCCCUCCUGACAAGGGUCCUGGAGCCCCACAGCAUCACUGAACUGUGCUCCAGUACUGCAGGCCCACACCAAACCGCGCCUUGUUCCUCUUCCUCUCAUAGUCCUGCCUCAGUCUCUCAGUUGCAAGACCCAUAAAACAAGGGUACUCCUCUCAAACAGAUUUAACUAAGUUAAAAGCUAAAACAUACACACGUGUGUAUGAGAAAGAUUCAGACUGACACACCCUCAGUGCACACAUUAUUUAAGUAAGACCCCUACCUAAAAAUCCUGGUCAACUGACAAAGAUUUUACAACCUCUAGAUUUUUUUUGUCUCAAACAGUUUCUUAGGAAAUCUACACAAAACGAUUUCUGUGUGAGUUCUCUAUCUGUACAUUGAUGGGUGUAAAGUAUCUCCUUCUCAUCAAAAGCUGCUGAUGGAAGUCAACGUAUGUAUUACCUGGGCUUCAUGGAUCAUCAAAGAUCAAUGUCAUUGAACUUUCGUCUUCAUGUCAUGUUGACUUACGGUUGCACAUCGGUCCAGACUUUUGCAGGUCCUCCCCAUAGCAAUACUCAACCUGUCCUCCGAGUUGUACUGUAGAGCAUCGGGCCCCACAGUAAUGUUUAAUGAAUGUUGUAACUGGUUCUACCUGAAUCCUUCUCUGUCCUAAGGCCAAGGCUGAAGCUUUCUGCCAGAGUGGCAACAGCAGUUGUGUAAGAUGCAGUGCCAUAGGUUACAGUAAGAAAGGGGGGAGGAAUUUUUGUAAAAGACAUUGGAAACAAAAGUUUUGUAAAUGGUUAGUUGAAUCUAGACAUAGUCUGAGAUUCAUAUCAUGGUUAAAUGGUGCUUUCCAUUCCAGUACAUGAAAAUAUUUCUUAAUUUUGCUUUUCCAUUUGAUUUUCAGAAGUAUAAUAUUACAAAUUAACAAUGUAUUGUGUCAUACAGGACAUGUCUUGCCAGCCUGGCUUUUCUACAAUGGACUUGAUGUUUGAUUAGAUAUUUUGUGAACAUGAUACUCAAGUUAUGCAGGACAUGCCGUAGGCACACGCAGCCUCACACUUACUCAAGCACACACAGAAAACAAAGACCAUAGUGGUCACUGAUUUACUUACUGUGAUCAGUGCAACCUCAGCUUUCAGUACUGUUGGUCAACAGAUGCUUUUAGAUAACAGAUGACUGUCAAAUACUGCCACUGUGAGGGGCCAGACACAUGGCCCCAUCAGGAUUUACCCCACCUCCCUUCGCUGCUGUCGAAAUGAUACGGGUUACCAUGUUAAAGGUCAUUAGACACACACAGUAUACACACCUGGGACCUUUCUCAUCACAGGUCUUAACAGACAAUUAUGCAUAUUCCUCUCAGCCUAUAUAUUCCACGGUUUGGUGUGGGGCGUUGUAAUGUAAAGGUUUGUUUUUGACUUUCAUCAUACUGACAUACUUUGAUCCACACAGGCAAACGCGUGUCUAAAACUGUUGAAUGUUGCCUACGCAGAAUGAUGGCUGAUGAGUCAUUCAUAUGUGUUUUUUUUUUUUUGUUGUUGUUGUUUUUUUUUUGUUUUUUUUUUUUUAUGUUCUCUGAUCGUUUGCUCAGUUUUAAGCUAAUGAAUGGUUCUGUAGUGUAGAUAUACUGUUUUUAGCACAUGAUAAGAAAUGUCAGGAUAAAAGGCAGUUGUCAUACAAUUCUGAAUACUUGGAAUUCUUGUAUAGAUAAGCAUACAUGUGAUCAAGUCAUAGCAAGAAAUUACAUUUUGUUAAUGUAAUAGCCAAUGGUGUGAAUGUUAUUUGUUUAGAAGACGCAGAAAUGGUUGGCAAGUAUUUGGCAUGAAUUUGGGUUGCUUGGUUGUUGUCCCUUCACCCAGUCUGAUGGUGUGUUAAGGAGGAACAUUGAGCUUCGAGUGUGUGUGUGCGCACGAGUGCGCAUUUGUGUGCAUGCAUUAGCCUCUACCAGUCCGUUCCGUUUGUCUGUGUGUCUGGUUGUCCCCAGUGCUCUUGUACCAAAAGCUGCUUUUACACAGUGUGCCCCAAUAUAUGUGUAUUUGGGGAUACCUUGAGAUGGACAAUAGCAGUAACUUUAACAUGAUCAUCUUUCUGCCGCUCUAACGGUAUUCAGUCUGAAGUGGUUAAGCUCAGUAGUUUAGGCGGUCCCUUUUUUUUUUUUUUUUUUUUUUUUUUUUCUUUGAGACUUGCAAUUAUCCUGCCAUUUCUGUGGGUCUUAAUACCGCUGCAUUAUUUGCUUAUCAUGCUGUCCCCUCGGUUUCACUGCUGUGCUUCAGCAUUUUGCAGUAUGGAUCUUUGUCUUGUUUUUUUGUUUUUUUUUUAAGCCUUUUCAUUUGUGUGUAUUCUCUGCACUUUACUGCUGCGUGGGUGAGGCGCAGGGAAGGGAGGGACUGACAAUGCAUUGUGGAGAACAGAGUGCAGUUGUGGCUGCAUGGGAAAGGGUGGAGGCGAUUACUUUGAAUGGAUGUUUUUUAGGCAAGGAAAGGAGGAGAAUCCUGGGUGGAGGCGGUUAGUGUGGAAGGGACCAUUGCAAACGAAGGACAUUUCUUUUAGCAUGUGCUUAAAUUUAAUUUCCUUUUUUAAUUUUUUUUUAAAAAAACAAUUACCCUUUUGCUCCAAUAUGAACCUUCCCUCAAAGUGAAAGCGAUGUUCCUCCUGCUUUGGCAACUUUACACUAGCCCCUCCAAGCUACGUCUGAAAUACAUUCUUCUGUUAUAUUUGUUCAUGGAGUCUCUCUCUGUCAUGUCCUGUUAUGUCUUUCAGUUUGCCGAAUGAUUCUCCUCCUCCUUUCUUUGUUUUAUAGAAUGCACUUUCUACUAAAAUCCUUGGCUAGUUAAGAAAAAAUAACAUUGUAUAUUCUUUAAAGAUGUUUUAAAAAAAAUCAAUAUACUUUUUCCCCUUUGUAUUUUUAACCACUUAAUGUAGCAUUGCGUAUUUUAUUAUUGUAUCUGGUACAAAAUGUGCAGCUUUAUAAUGUCCUGGUUUGUCUUUUUUUUUGUAUGUUAUCUGGAGAUUGAGGAGAAGUGAAAAAGUUGGGCCUUUUUUGAUAAUGUACAUUUAACUGACUGCUAACUUUGAGAAGUAAAAACAAGUAGCCAUGAUUAUCACA